AAAUAAUAUGUUCCAUAGUGUUAUUAAAUGUAGCACAGUAUACAAAUUGCAGUAACCAGAAAGUGAAUUGAAAACAAAAAAUGGAGUAAAGGAUCAGAUUUAAUUCGGUUUUUGACCUUUCGCAUCUCUAAAUAAACCGAAACAAAAUCGAAAUAGACCAAACCGAUACUUAAAGUUCAGUUUCUCUCUUCUUUUGUCUCUACUCUUCACUUCAGCACCAGCUCUACCUCCGUCGCCGCCGCUAUCUCGUCGGCUGAUAACAGUAUCUGAGACGAGAAAUCGACGCCGGAGGAGAAGCUAUCAGCCUCUUUCUCUCUCUCUCACUCUCACACUUCUACCAAAAUGGCAUCUUCUCUAUCAUUUCACUCCUCCUUCAUACCUUCCUUCGCUGAUCUCCCCGACCGAGGUUUGGUCAGUAAGAACUCUCCGGCAAGUGUUUCCAUUUCAAAGUUUCCGAAUUGGGAGAAGAAGCAUAUCUCGAAUCGGGACUCGUUCAAGCUGAACUGCGUGAUGGAGAAAAGUAUCGAUGGCAAUACUCAUUCUGUAGCUAACAUUACCACCCCUGAUUGCUUAAAUGCUGUGAAUAUCAAAGAAGAGGCUAGCGUCUCAACCUUACUGGUGAAUUCGGAUAAUAAAUUUGAUCCCUUUGAUGCAAUGAGCACUCCGCUUUACCAGACAGCUACAUUUAAGCAGCCUUCUGCUAUCGAAAAUGGACCGUAUGAUUAUACAAGAAGUGGAAAUCCUACACGGGAUGCAUUGGAAAGUCUGCUUGCGAAGCUUGACAAGGCAGAUAGAGCAUUUUGCUUUACUAGUGGAAUGGCUGCUCUUGCUGCUGUUACGCACCUUCUCAAAAAUGGCGAAGAAAUUGUUGCUGGAGAUGACGUGUAUGGUGGCUCAGACAGAUUACUAUCUCAAGUAGUUCCAAGAUCUGGAGUUGUGGUAAAACGAGUAAACACCACUAAUCUAGAAGAGGUUGCUGCUGCUAUUGGUCCCCAGACAAAGCUUGUGUGGCUUGAGUCUCCAACCAAUCCAAGACAACAAAUAUCUGAUAUACGAAAAAUAGCUGAGAUGGCUCAUGCUCAAGGUGCACUUGUGUUGGUGGACAACAGUAUUAUGUCACCGGUGCUCUCUCGGCCAUUAGAGCUUGGAGCUGAUAUUGUGAUGCACUCGGCUACUAAGUUUAUAGCCGGACAUAGCGAUGUGAUGGCGGGUGUGCUUGCCGUGAAAGGCGAAAAAUUGGCAAAGGAGUUGUAUUUCCUCCAAAACUCGGAAGGUUCUGGAUUAGCUCCUUUCGACUGUUGGCUUUGCCUACGAGGAAUCAAGACAAUGGCUUUACGUAUAGAGAAGCAACAGGAGAACGCACGGAAAAUCGCAAUGUACUUGUCUUCUCAUCCAAGAGUGAAGAAAGUGUACUAUGCUGGUCUGCCAGAUCAUCCUGGUCACCAUCUCCACUUCUCUCAGGCGAAGGGUGCAGGAUCAGUUUUUAGCUUUAUAACAGGAUCGGUUGCGCUAUCGAAGCAUCUUGUAGAGACCACCAAAUACUUCAGCAUAGCUGUUAGUUUUGGGAGUGUUAAGUCACUUAUAAGCAUGCCAUGCUUCAUGUCACAUGCAAGCAUACCUGCAGAAGUACGCGAGGCCAGAGGCUUGACGGAAGAUCUUGUCCGUAUAUCUGCAGGCAUUGAAGAUGCUGAUGAUCUGAUCUCUGAUCUUGAUAUCGCCUUUAAAACCGGCCCUAUCUAGCUUCAGUGUGAGAAAACACUGUCUUUCUAGUCAAUUUUUUUUUGUAAUUUUCAUAGGUUCUUGAAGUAAGAAUCUAUGUAAGAAACAAUUAAACAUAAUUUGGUGUUUGAAAAACAAAUGAAGCAAUAAUCUCAUUAGUUUUGUUGUAUUUGAUAUGUAUCAGAGCUUUUGUAAUAGACUUCUAAGCCAACAUAAGCAGUCUUAUGGUACAAGUAAUGAUCUUUCUUCAAAGUGAAACUCAACUCUCGACAAGAUAGUUAAUCUGUGACGACAGAGUAGAUAGGGGCCAUGGUUAGCAACUUGUCCUGACAAUCUGUUUCAGGUUAGGUAAGAACAAGACCAUGGAACAAACCAUGACACAUGCGUACAAGAAUUUACCAGAUUCAUACCAUUUUGUUCACUAAGGACAGGUACUGAAUUGAAAUCUACAGCUUGCAAAUAUAGUGACAUAUCUACAGAUCCUUCGAACCAUUUUCAGAUAGCUAACUUGAGUUUCUAAAAGCAAAACCAAAAAAAAAAAAAAAGAGGAGUCAAAACGAAAUUGAGAAUUGGGUUAUUCACCAUAGUAAGAUUUACUGAUGUACAUAUAAACAUUUAUCCCCAUACAUCAUCAUCGUUGAUUCAUUAUCAUCCACUUAUAUCCCCUCUCUGCAUUCCCUACUGAAACCAUGUAUUGUACCAGCAGAAGCAUUCCUAAAACAAUCUACAAAACUCUAAAAUCAGAAACCGAAAAAACAGAAGCAUCAUGGCGAAGAAUCAGACAGCGGUAGUGAUACCAUCGAAUCUAGGACGUGUUCUAUCUGCUGAGAGCCCUUCUUCCAUUGACUUUCUCUUGUUGUUACUCAAUGUUUGUUCCUCUUGUUGUACUACUUGCAGAUGCAGUUGUUUCGGUUCAAACUCUGAUUGAAGAGGCAACAUUUUGAUUCCGAUUUCUGUUGAAUCUUUAAUCUCUGGUUCAACAUUUGCGCCUUUUGAAGGUCUUUCAAUCUCUUCCAGCUUCUGGUUCUUCAACUUUGCUUUCAUCAUAUGAGGUUUCAACUUGUUGAGAUCAGCCAAUCUUACUGGUUUCAAGAAAAACUCUUCAGCUCCUUCUUCUAAACAUCUGCUGAUUCUUGCAGGAACGUUCUCAGAGGACAUUAUUACUACUGGUAUGUUCUUAAACGCUGAUGAUUCCUGCAAAAUUGUAGAACAAAUCAUAACCAGUCAUGCCUGGCAUACAAUAAUCAGUGAUUAUAAGAUUCACUUCAACUUCCUGGUGAAGUUUAGGAGACGUAGAAAGUGCAUUUGGGUGGUUUCUCUCAAUACCUUCUCUUAAACCCAGAAAUUCUAAAGCCUUGGAGCCUGAAUCAACCGUUGUUACUUGACACGAAGACUUUUGAAGCAAUCUUUCUAUGAGUUUCCGAUCGAAUAAACUAUCAUCAACAGCUAAUACAUGGAACUGCGAUUCUGCUGCCAUACCCAUUGCAGAAAGUGAAGAUGAUAAAAAAAGAAUCUCUUUCUCAAGAUCUAAUCUCAAAAUGAAGAUAAAGUCUCCGACUUUUUCUUUUUCUUUGCUAUAAAUAUUCCCAAGAAAAAAUAUCACUUCUUUCGCGGGGAUUGCAGCUAUUUUAAUCUCAGUAGUAAAGAGUUUGCGCUUAAAACAAGAUCUGAUUAUAUGUUUUUUCUUCUUCUUCCACCAGAUAUUGCAAAAGAGAGAGAGAGAGGGGGGGGAAAUUGAAUAAAAACUAGUUAGCUUUGAAUUGUGGAGAAAGCAAGUUCGGAUAGAAAAAUGUUUUCUUUUUCAGAAGACAACGCAGAGGAAGAAGAAAACAAAGGUUAGAAAAUAAAUAAAAUAAUCAAACCAAAUCUUUCUGAGGAUUUUUGAGGAUUAGAUAAGAGGAGGGCUUUGCUUUAUAUACUACUACCACAACCGCCUUGCUUUUUACACCAAAUUUAAAAGAUGC